GACACCCAAUCAAACGCCGAUCUCAUCGAUCCCUGCUCGCGCGCCGCGGAUUUCGGAGGCGCUCGGACAAAAAUUAAGCAAGCAGAGGCAUCGGCGCGCGAGGGCGCGACAAGUCCGUCCGUGUCUUCCUUCAUCACUUUGUCUUCUCCUCUAUUGCUCUGAACUCUUUUUUUGUUGUUGUUGUUGCUGUUGCAUGUUGUCUGAAGAAAGAAAGAUGGACCUUUGAAGGCGCAAGGAGUCUUGGAGUCUUUGGGAUUUUUAAAUUUUUUUGGAAAUGGAAACGCACUGAGACACACUCCAACACUAAACCGUGCUUUUUUUUUUUUUUUUUUUGGACUUUCAACCCCAGGAUCGGAUUCCUCAUGGAUAACGCGGAGAACGCGAGCGACUCGCCUGUUGCGGCUGCCAGCGCGGACUGACCGAGAAUCACACCGAGCCUCAAAGCGCUUUUCCCCCUCUCCUUCUUCCCUCCUCUCGCCGCUCACAACGGAACGCGAGAGAAGAAAAAUCGCCCUUCUUUUUUCCCCCUUCCAGCUUCUUCCUCUUCACCUCACAGCUCCACCUUUUCUCUCCGUCCGUUUCUUCUUUUUUGAUUUUUUUUAUUUUGUAUUUUUUUUUUUUUGGACCUUUGAAAGCCUCCAUGCCAGCCUGGUGAAACGGGGGAAAGGCGCCGCGGGAGCCGCGUGAAGAAGGGAAGCGCAGCUCGGAGCGACCAGAGCCGAGCAGCUCCGGACUCCAACUCUGCAGAAAGACCCUUCAACCAACACACACACACACACACAUAUAUACAUACAUAUAUAUACACACAUACACACGCACUCUAUCUCUAUUUCUCUCUCGCGCUCUCUCACACACACACACACACACACACACACAGAGAGAGAGAGAGAGAGACCACCGCACUCCACCAUGCCGAGGAGGAAACAGCAGGCGCCCCGGCGCUCGGCAGCAUAUGUUCCAGAGGAGCUCAAAGAAGCAGCUUUAAUGGAUGAAGAUGUAGAAGGAGAUGAUUCAGCGGUCGAGGAGGAGCCUGCCGUUAAAUACGUGUGCCAAGACAAGGACUUCCUUCUCAAAGACCGACCAGGCUUCCACGACUCUCCGACUGCGGACCUCUCCAGUCAUGAAAUGGACAGCGAGUCGCACCUCAGUGAGACCAGUGACAGGAUGUCAGACUUUGAGAGUGCCUCGAUAAAGAACGAGGAGGAUAUCACUGCCAAGGAGCCACUUACACCACUCAAUUCAACUACACCCAUGAAGAUGACAGCUGUUGCCCCAGCCAGCAUGGAUGAAACGCCCAAUCCAGGCCCAGACAGUCUUGAGCAGAUGAAGGCCAUUUACACCAGCUUUUUGACCAAUUCUUACUGGUCAUCGCUGAAUAUGACACAGCCCCCAUCUGAAAAACUACCACGCAGCCACAGCAGUAGCAGCAGCAGUAGCAGCAGCAGCAGUAGCUGUGGGAGUGGGGGCUAUGACUGGCACCAGUCAGCUGUCGCCAAAACAUUGCAGCAAGUUUCACAGAACCAGAACAGAAUACUACACCCAGCUUCUGAGCCUAACCUCUUCAGCACUGUACAGCUGUACCGGCAAAGCACCAAGCUCUAUGGCUCCAUCUUUACAGGUGCCAGCAAGUUCCGCUGCAAAGACUGCAGCGCUGCCUACGAUACACUUGUUGAGCUUACCGUGCACAUGAAUGAAACAGGCCAUUACCGAGACGACAACCAUGAGACAGACAGUGAGGGCACUAAGCGCUGGUCCAAGCCACGCAAGCGUUCCUUGCUAGAGAUGGAAGGCAAGGAGGAUGCUCAGAAAGUACUCAAAUGUAUGUACUGUGGCCACUCCUUUGAGUCACUACAAGAUCUAAGUGUCCAUAUGAUCAAAACGAAACACUACCAAAAAGUACCUCUCAAGGAGCCUGUGACACCUGUGGCAGCCAAGAUCAUCUCGUCUGCUCGGAAAAGAGCCCCUAUUGAGCUGGAUCUGCCCAGCUCCCCAGACUCUAAUGGAGGAACACCUAAACUCUCUCUUGCAGACACCAGUGACCACUUGCAGAAGACGGCAAGUCCCUACAUCACGCCUAAUAAUCGUUAUGGGCAUCAGAAUGGUGCUAGCUAUGCAUGGCAGUUUGAAUCUCGAAAAUCCCAGAUCCUGAAAUGCAUGGAAUGUGGAAGUUCCCAUGAUACCCUUCAAGAGCUAACAGCUCACAUGAUGGUUACUGGACACUUCAUUAAGGUUACUAACUCUGCCAUAAAGAAAGGCAAGCCUAUUAUGGAGGCACCAGCCAACCCACCUCUUAACACCAUGUCUUCUAGUGAAGAUAAAGUGCAGUCGGUGCCACUGGCUGCAACAGCUUUUUCCCCACCUCCCCCUGCACCCCCUCCACCCAGCAUAUCCCCUGCAAUAACUGCUAUGGAAAUUAAAAAGGAAGAAAAAGAAGAAGAGUGCACAAAAGAGACCACUAAUAGCAACAAAGAGAAGAAAACAACAGAAGAUGAAAUUGAGGAAAAGUUUGACAUUUCCUCCAAGUAUCCAUAUCUGACUGAGGAAGAUCUGGAGGAGAGCCCUAAAGGUGGAAUGGAUAUUCUCAAAUCACUGGAAAACACAGUUACAUCUGCCAUUAACAAAGCACAGAAUGGAACACCCAGCUGGGGAGGAUACCCCAGCAUUCAUGCUGCUUACCAGCUCCCGAAUAUCAUGAAACUUUCCUUGCGAAACUCAGGAAAGAACUCCCCACUAAAGUACAUGUUCUCGGGUGAAGAGAUCCUGUCCCCAACCAAAAAUCAACCUCUUAUCUCUCCUCCAAGCUGCCAGACCUCACCUCUACCCAAAAAUAAUUUCCACGCCAUGGAGGAACUUGUUAAGAAAGUAACAGAAAAAGUGGCCAAAGUAGAGGAGAAAAUGAGGGACACAACUGCACGAUCUUCCCCUUUAAGGCGAACCACACCCUCUCCUUGCAGUAGUGAAGCUGGUGAGUCUGCCCGAGGGGACUCACCCAAAGAAAGCAGAGGAGUCAAAACCCCAGAGACCAACGGGACAGUAAAUGCUCACAAGGACUCUAAUGGCGAGCCUCUCAAAAAAGAGCCAUUAGAAAAUGGCACUGACCAUUCUGUCAAAACUCCAGGCUCAUCUCUGUGCAGCAGCACUGCAAUUAUAACAGACCAUCCCCCAGAACAGCCAUUUGUCAACCCCUUAAGUGCGCUUCAGUCUGUCAUGAAUGUCCACCUAGGUAAAGCUGCUAAACCUGCUCUCCCCUCUCUGGACCCCAUGAGCAUGCUCUUUAAAAUGAGCAACAGUCUAGCUGAGAAGGCAGCUGUUGCUGCCUCCACUCCAGCUCAGACCAAAAAGACAAACGAGCAUCUUGACCGUUACUUCUACCACAUCAAUAAUGACCAGCCCAUUGACCUGACUAAAGGCAAAAGUGAAAAGAGCAGCUCCCUGGGAUCAGCUUUAUUGUCCUCCUCGAUAUCAACUCCUUCCUCAGUGUCACCUUCUUCAACCAUAACAAUGGCCAAGGCAUCAUCUGCUGUGGUGUCGUUCAUGUCAAAUUCACCGCUGCGUGAAAAUGCGCUGUCUGACAUUUCCGAUAUGCUUCGCAACUUAACGGAAAGUCAUGUCUCCAAAUCGUCCACUCCAACCAGUCUAUCUGAGCGAUCAGAUGUAGAUGGUGCUACACACGAUGACUCUGAAGACAUGUCACCAGCCCAGAAGCGCAAGGGUCGGCAGUCCAACUGGAACCCUCAGCACCUACUUAUCCUGCAAGCCCAGUUCGCCUCCAGCUUGAGACAAACGAGUGAUGGCAAAUAUAUCAUGUCUGACCUCAGCCCACAGGAACGCAUGCAUAUCUCUCGCUUCACUGGCCUUUCAAUGACUACCAUAAGCCACUGGCUGGCCAACGUCAAGUACCAGUUGAGGCGGACAGGUGGCACAAAGUUCUUGAAGAACCUUGAUUCUGGCCAUCCUGUGUUCUUUUGUGGUGACUGCGCUUCGCAGAUACGCUCCCCUUCCACCUACGUCAGCCAUCUUGAAUCGCAUCUGGGAUUUCGUCUAAGAGACCUGGCUAAAUUAUCCGGGGAGCAGCUCGUCAACCAGAUAUCACGUCACGCGAAGGGGCUUUCUGAAAAACUGCUGUCAGCGCAAGCCCACGCCUUGACCCGUUCUAUCCAUAAUUCAAACCCAAGUCCGCACUCCAACUCCCACUCCCCUUCCCCAGACGAGGAAGGCAGUGGCGCCACAUAUCAGUGUAAACUGUGCAAUCGGACUUUUGCUAGCAAGCACGCUGUUAAACUCCAUCUGAGCAAGACUCAUGGCAAAUCUCCCGAGGACCACCUUAUGUAUGUCUGUGAACUUGAGAAACCUUAGCGCUGAUCAAGGACUAACUACUUUGUCUUUCACCUGUCUCGAUUUCUCUUGCUUUCCCUGAAGCCUUCUCUCUAACCUUUCUUAAAACCAAGACAAACUGGUGAUGACUAGCAAAGAAAUAACUGCA